AUGGAUGAGUUUGAAGCCACGAUGAAGCCUACUAUAUCUGAAGACGAGGUUGUAUUCCCUACUAGUAGUUUUUUCUUCCUUACGGCGCAUUUUCCUUUUCCAUCAGUUAGUGAAUUGCAUGCUGGUCUAAUUUCAUAG